UGUCCUCUGAAAGCCAUGUGGCUGUACCUGGCGGCCCUCGUGGGCCUGUACUACCUGCUGCGCUGGUACCGGGAGAGGCAGGUGUUAAGCCACCUCCGAGACAAGUACGUCUUCAUCACAGGCUGUGGCUCUGGCUUCGGGAACCUGCUGGCCAGACAGCUGGACACCAGAGGCUUCCGGGUGCUGGCCGCGUGCAGGACAGAGGAGGCAGCCGAGCAGCUAAAGACCCAGACAUCACACCGGCUGGAGACGGUGACUCUGGAUGUCACUAAGACGGAGAACAUCGCUGCAGUCACCCAGUGGGUGAAGGAGCGUGUAGGGGAUGGAGGACUCUGGGGCCUGGUGAAUAACGCUGGCACCGCCUGGCCCACAGCCCCCAACCAGUGGCUGACGAAGCAGGACUUUGUGACAGUACUGAACGUGAACCUGCUGGGGAUGAUCGAGGUGACUCUGAGCCUGCUGCCCUUAGUGAGGAAGGCCAGGGGCCGCGUGGUCAAUGUCUCCAGCAUGCUGGGCCGGGUGUCACUUUUUGGAGGUGGCUAUUGCAUCUCCAAGUACGGCGUCGAGGCCUUCUCGGACUCCCUCAGGAGGGAGCUCGCCCACUUUGGGGUGAAGGUGGUUGUGAUCGAGCCUGGUUACUUCGAGACAAACAUGACCAAUAUGGAGAGAGUUUUGCGGAUGGUCCAGAAGACUUGGGACCAUGCCAGCCCUGAGAUCAAGGAGAUCUAUGGCCAAAAGUUUCUAGCAUCCUACCUCAAACUAUUAUCUGCAAAAGGUAGGACCACAGGCAACCUGAAUCUGUCUGAGGUGACGGACUGCAUGGAGCAUGCGCUGACCGCCUGCCACCCCCGCACCCGGUACUCAGCUGGCUGGGACGCCAAGCUUCUCUACCUCCCCCUGAGCUACAUGCCCACCUUCCUGGGGGAUGCCAUUGUCACCUGGGGCCUCCCAAGGCCAGAAAAAGCCCUGUGAAGCCAUGUCUGGGUGUGGAGAGCAGGCUGUGAGGCAGUGGGGCCCCUACAACCUGGGGAACAUUCAGAGAAUGACCCCCCACCUGCCUCUCCUCCUUCCCCUAAACAACAAUAUUCUUUUCUGCUGGAAGUCAUGAAGCACAUUAUUUGUCUAGUUAAUCUUUAGGAACUAUGCAGAAAUUCUUAUGAUCUUUCCAUUUUUACCUUUUAACAUAUGUUAACACAGUUAGAUAGAAACUAUAAACAGGAGGAUUUGUUUUUGAGAAAGUUACUUACAUUUUCCAAUAAUAGUAUAAAACCAAAAAUAUGUCUUUUGUCUAUGCUACUUCCCCCUAAACAACCCUGCUGAGAUACUAGAAAAUAAAGCUGAUUUUGUGUUUUGGUGCCGGCCGCAGUCACCAGCUGCAUCAGAACUCCCGAACACAUCUUUCA